AUGAAUUAUCUAGAUUAUUCACCUACUAAUAUUGAACUAUCUUUUGAAAUAGUUCUUGAAUCUUGGUCAAAAUACAAUUUAACUUUAAAACUUUCUGAUAAUUCAUUAUUUCAAGAUAAUAAUGAUGUGUGGAUAUCUCCUGGCUUAAAACUUGAUUCAAACCUAUAUACUAAAGAUUAA